CAUAGAAAAUGGCGAAAUUAACAAAAAAAAUCUCUGCUAAGUCGUCAGCUGCUCCUUGACGGCCAGUUGAUUGAGUAUUGUCCUCUCUUUCCGGCGCUGAUUCUUAAUUUGAUUUAACUUUCUGGAAAGAAAUGGCAGCCACGGCCUCCCCCACAGCGGCCACCGCCGUUCUGAGACCUUCUCUGGCUGCUUCUCAACCCACUCGCCGCUCGGUCUUGCCGCUCCUUCCCCCUCGUUUCGGCUCCCCGUCCUUCUCUACUUCCCUCAAAUUCUCCUCAGAGUCACGUAGAUCGUCUCUGCUUCAAACCCGAGCCUCAUCUUCAGAAGAAUCAUCUGCUGCUGAUGCAUCCGAGCUCUUUACAGACUUGAAAGAAAAGUGGGAUGCCCUUGAGAACAAAUCCACGGUACUUCUCUACGGAGGUGGGGCGAUUGUUGCAGUUUGGCUUUCUUCAAUUCUUGUUGGUGCAAUCAACUCAGUUCCAUUGCUUCCGAAGAUCCUGGAGUUGGUAGGACUUGGAUAUACGGGGUGGUUUGUGUACCGAUAUCUACUCUUCAAGUCAAGCAGAAAAGAACUAGCUGAUGACAUUGAAGCAUUGAAGAAGAAGAUUGCUGGAACCGAAUAAGAUGCGUGUUAUCGGGUGCCAUGUUCGACAUGCUUGGUUCCUCUUAUUAUCAUUUUGUACUCUAUUCUCUCAUUUAUAAGAGGUAAUCUAAAUCAUGUAAUGUGGAAUAGGUUUUGCUUUAAUCCCUGUAACUCAUGUUCCCUUUCAUUACAUCUGUGUAAUAAGAUUUGUCAAGUUCAUUAAUGGGAAACCCCCCUUUUUCUCAAA